CUCUGGUGGAUUCCAAGCAACUCUCCAGAAACAAGCACCUCUCUGAUUGCAGACAGUGCUUUGCUUCAUUUUGCUUUUCUUCCUUUUACUUCUUUUUCCUCCAAAAACAAUCGAAUCAAGUUCAUCAUAAGAAAUGGUUCUUAUCAAGAGCUUCGUGCUGAGCGCCCUUGCUGCCACCGUCGCAGCCAAAUCCGCCGUCAUCGAAUUACUUCCCUCCAAUUUCGACGAUAUCGUUCUCAAGUCCGGCAAACCUACCCUCGUCGAGUUCUUUGCUCCGUGGUGUGGACACUGCAAGACGCUUGCUCCUGUCUGGGAGGAUCUAGCCAAUACCUACGAGUACGCAAAGGACAAGGUCCAAAUUGCCAAAGUCGACGCGGACGCUCAGCGUGAGCUCGGUAAGCGAUUUGGUAUCCAGGGUUUCCCUACCCUUAAGUACUUCGAUGGCAAGAGCAACAAGCCUCAGGAUUACAAGUCUGGCCGCGACCUUGAGAGCCUGACCAAUUUCAUCGUUGAAAAGACUGGCGUGAAACCCAAGAAGAAGCUUGAGCUGCCCAGCGAGGUUACCUACCUCAACGAUGCGACAUUUCCCAAAGCUAUUGGUGGCGACAAGCAUGUUCUCGUCGCCUUUACCGCUCCGUGGUGUGGACACUGCAAGAGCCUUGCCCCUACCUGGGAAGACCUCGCCAACACAUUCGUAAACGAGAAGAAUGUCCUGAUCGCCAAAGUUGAUGCCGAAGCUCCCAACAGCAAGGCAGUGGCUGAGGAGCAAGGUGUUAAGUCCUACCCAACCAUUAAGUGGUUCCCUGCUGGCAGCAAGAAGGCUGUAGCCUACGAAAGUGGACGCAGUGAGCAGGCCUUUGUUGAUUGGAUCAAUGAGCAUGCCGGAACCCAUCGAGUCACCGGCGGUGGCCUUGAUACCGUUGCUGGUACCGUUGAGUCUCUUGACACGCUCGUGGCCAAGAUCACAGGCGGUGCUGCCAUCGCUGACGUCGCCGAGGAGGUCAAGAAGGAGGUCGAGAACCUCACCGAUUCUGUUCAGAAAACCUACGCCGAGUACUACGUGCGCGUCUUUGACAAGCUGAGCUCGAACAAUGACUGGGUGUCGAAGGAGCUCGCUCGUUUGGACGGCAUCCUUACCAAGGGUGGACUGGCCCCCGCCAAGCGUGACCAGAUUCAGCAGAAGACCAACGUUCUUCGCAAGUUCACCCAGAAGGUCGAGGAGAAGGUCGAAGAGAUUAAGGAUGAACUGUAAAGAACCAUGUACGCCUUAUGAUAAAUGAGAUCAGAAAGGAAGUCACGAAUCAAAGGGUUUUAUGUAUUUGGAACUUCGUUGACUAGACUCGACAGGAUAAAAUUCGUAACGAGACAUAUUAGCACUUCUAUUGGCAUGUGAUGAAUCGAAACAACUGAGAAACCCUAAAUACCCUGUAUCCCUUAUUUGAAUUAACUCUUACGAGGACUUGGUUGAUCCUCCAUCUUUCGCCUUGCCCUC